GUAUGAUUAUGUUGAAGUGAUUGAUGGAGAUAAUGCUGAAGGACGCUUAUGGGGAAAGUACUGUGGAAAAAUUGCUCCCCCUCCUUUAGUGUCUUCAGGACCAUAUCUUUUUAUUAAAUUUGUUUCCGACUAUGAGACACAUGGAGCAGGAUUUUCUAUCCGUUAUGAAGUUUUCAAAAGAGGACCUGAAUGUUCCAGAAACUUUACGGCGUCAAGUGGAGUCAUAAAGUCCCCUGGAUUCCCUGAAAAAUAUCCUAAUAGCCUUGAAUGCACUUAUAUUAUCUUUGCACCAAAGAUGUCAGAGAUUAUACUGGAAUUUGAAAGCUUUGAGCUAGAACCUGAUUCAAAUACUCCAGGGGGAGCGUUCUGUCGCUAUGACCGAUUGGAGAUCUGGGAUGGAUUCCCUGACGUUGGCCCGCACAUAGGGCGUUAUUGUGGGCAGAACAACCCAGGACGUGUCCGGUCUUCAACAGGGAUUCUUUCAAUGGUAUUUUACACCGACAGUGCAAUAGCAAAAGAGGGAUUCUCAGCAAACUACAGCGUGUCACAGAGCAGUGUAUCCGAAGAUUUCCAGUGCAUGGAACCACUAGGUAUGGAGUCAGGAGAAAUUCACUCUGAUCAAAUCACUGUCUCCUCGCAGUACAGCGCUAUCUGGUCUUCAGAAAGGUCCCGGCUAAAUUACCCUGAGAACGGGUGGACCCCAGGGGAAGAUUCUAGCAGAGAAUGGAUACAGGUAGAUCUAGGCCUUCUCCGCUUUGUUUCUGGAAUUGGGACCCAAGGAGCCAUCUCAAAAGAAACAAAGAAAGAAUAUUAUCUGAAAACAUACCGCGUAGAUGUCAGCUCCAAUGGAGAGGACUGGAUUACACUGAAGGAAGGAAACAAACCUGUUGUGUUUCAAGGGAAUAGCAAUCCCACUGAGGUUGUUUACAGAUCUUUUGCCAAACCAGUUUUAACACGAUUUGUGCGAAUUAGACCUGUGUCUUGGGAAAAUGGAGUAUCACUGAGAUUUGAAGUUUACGGCUGCAAGAUAACAGAUUAUCCUUGCUCUGGGAUGCUGGGUAUGGUUUCUGGGCUCAUUCCUGACUCUCAGAUUACUGCAUCUACCCAAGUUGAUCGAAACUGGAUCCCAGAAAAUGCUCGCCUCAUAACAAGCCGUUCAGGUUGGGCGCUGCCACCAACUACUCAUCCAUAUACAAACGAAUGGCUUCAAAUUGACCUUGGUGAAGAAAAAAAAGUGAGGGGCAUAAUUGUCCAAGGAGGCAAGCACCGAGAAAACAAAGUAUUCAUGAAAAAAUUCAAAAUUGGCUACAGCAACAAUGGAUCAGAUUGGAAAAUGAUCAUGGAUUCCAGCAAAAAAAAGAUAAAGACUUUUGAAGGCAACACCAACUAUGACACGCCUGAACUCCGGACUUUUGAACCUGUAUCAACAAGAUUCAUCCGUGUCUACCCAGAGAGAGCCACACACGGAGGACUGGGGCUGCGAAUGGAGCUGCUGGGCUGUGAACUUGAAGCUCCGACGGCUGUCCCUACCAUUUCCGAAGGCAAACCUGUGGAUGAGUGUGAUGAUGACCAGGCAAACUGUCACAGUGGCACAGGUGAUGACUACCAACUGACAGGUGCAGAAACCAUCCUCAUUCCAUUGCAGCUUCAUUGUAGCUCAUAUCCAUCACCAGUUACCAGCUAA